AAUGGAUGUUUUAAACAGACUAAUUACCCGUACUAACGGUAUAUCUUCUGGUUUUGAACGUCUACCACCACAAACCAAAUUAAUUGACGAUCAAAAGCAGCAAAAAAGUUGUAAAAUGGUUAAAUUGCCCUGGAAAUGUUGCAAAAAUAAUUUUGGAGAUGUUAAAACUAGUAGCAUUAAAAAUUCAAAAAAAACGGGAAAGCAAAAUACCCAGAAUACUCUUCUAAAUGUUUCUGCUUCCGAGCCAAAUUUAAAUUUGGAAAUUUCAAACAAAAAUGAAGCUUUAAAUACACUAAAAUCUCAAAAUUUGGAUUAUGAAGAGGACUGUGGAAUUUUAAUUGAUAGUGACCGUGAACGACUCUGUGACAAAAAUGAGAAGAAGAAUUCCCCUAGUCCAAAAAAUGAAAAUUUGCCGGCACGGGCGUUACAACGGGUUCGUGGAAAACUUCCUGGAAGCAAAAAACUUGCUGCAGAACAAAGCUUUAAUACUGAAACUUCCCACAAUGUAAUUACUACUACUUCGUCUGCACCAACACUGCUUGUUAAACAAUUUAGAAAACAUGCAAAAAUCACUGACAUGGUUGGGGGCAGCAUUAAAAAAGCUGGAAAUUCUUCUAAUUCUACUUCUGUUGAUUUAACGACUAACAAUACAAAUAACAAUGACAAAGAAAAGAAGAAUCGUAAAAAGAGUUCGAAUGAUGCGCAACGAUUGUUAUUGUUUGAGGAAGGGAUGGCUAUGGAUUGA